UUCAGCAGACGUGCCAACCUCCGCGACACUCUCCUCACAAUGAGUCUGUUCAAGAAGAAACCAAAGAACUAGUUGAGGGCCUGCACAGGCACGGAGACGGGGCAAUUGCUCGUUAUUUCUGUGUGUUGAAGGAUUACCCGCGAUCUUAACACACCUAUCGUCAUUCAAUAAGGAAAUGAGGCAGACUGCAUCUACGUGGGCGUGGGUGUGCGUGGUGUUGGUACUGUGUGGGCGGUGGGCGGCGGGUGGGUGUGUGGCUGAGGGCGACACCACCGUCCACAGGUCACAGGGAGACGCUGUCAUCACCCAGCUGUUGCCCCUCCACCACGGACCACAGUGUGACCAGCUGGGGCUGACGGAGGUGCAAGUGUUGGAGGCGACCAAGAUGGCCGUCCAAAGAGUCAACAAACUGGGCCUCAUCCCCGGCGUUACGCUAGGUUUACGGGUGGUGGACACUUGUUCCAACCCUCACCUCACCCUCACCAAGGCUCUCUCUGCCUGGGCCGAUGACGCCUACCACUGUCCCGAGCCUGCCUUCACCCUCGGCUACCUCGGUCCGGGAGACACAGCAGCAGCAACAGCAGUGGGAAGUGCAACACAGUCCCUGGGUACACCAGUGGUGGCUUAUACUCCCCGUCUUGCACGUGCCCCUCACACAGUUGACUUUCUAACUCCUGCACCACAACGCUCAGCUCAGGCAGCAGUGCAUGUGCUGAGUGGGGUCGGUGUGGAUGCCAUUAAUAUCGUGCAUACAGCAGACAUAGAAGGUGUGACUCUCACUGAACACUUCAUAACAGCGGCUGAGUAUGUUUAUAUUUGUGUAGAGAAGGUGUUAGAGGAAGGAGACACCGUGGGGCUGACCCAGGUGCUGGAGGAUGGCCCUGGUACACUGGUCAUCCUUGGCACCAGACACAAAGUGCAGAGCCUGGCUUUGGCGUUGGGCACUGUUGACGGCCCUGUUGAUCUCCUGCUACUGGUAGAGAGCGGAGGUCCUGUUCCUCAGGUGGAACUGGCUGGUCUGGAGGUACCUGCUCUUAUCAUGACACGCAUCGUCCCAAGUCUUUCCGAGUUUGUUUCUUUCUUAGAGCGGGACCUGGAGAGUGAUGAUGACCCUCGAAGGCACUACUUGGCCGCCCUCUCUGAGUGUGAGUCCUGUGGUGAAGUAAGCUUUGGUUACGUGGCUGAUGCCAAUUCUGCUAUUGCCUCAGUGUUGGUGUAUGCUGAGGCAUUAAAGGAGGCACAAGACGCACACUGCGGGGGUGAGGCAGGACUGUGUCACGAGGUGAAAACUUUAGACAUUUCUACAUGGAAUGAAUUACUGUCCUCUGCCUCCUUGGUAACGUCAGCAACUAAAGCCUUCCCUGGUCUACUGAACGACAACCUUGCACCUGGCAGUGAGGACAAACCUCGCUACACCGUCCAAGUUCUGGCACAUGGCAGCCUCACUCAAGUGGGCCAGGCAGAGGAGUCUUCGGCAGUGCUGGGGAUGCUCGAGUUGCCGGAGCCCAACUGUGGUACUCAAUGCCCCUGUAGCCUCCCGCCUCCAGCCCUCACGCUACCUCCUGUCCGCAACGUCACACACGCAUCUUCAGGGUUCGACAUCAUGGGUGGAGCCGAGUGGUGGAACUGGGAGGCGCCUAACCCAGGUAAGAUGAGCAAGAGGGAACUGGCUGUUUAUUUCACCGCCUUCACCCUCCUAGUCCUCAUCUUCAUCACUUCCUGUGGGGUCUGCCUUUACAGUUUAAACAAGACUCCCAGCAGAAGUUAAGCCGUGUCAUCUGGGGGCAAAAGAUAAGAAACCAGUGUGUUUCUAAUAUGAUCUACCAUGAACAAGUAACUUAAAUUACUUGUUGCAGAAGGUAUUCAUAUUUUGGUAAAGAUAUGAUCAUGUAAUUGGUUGUACAUGUACAGUUGCGGACAUAAUUUCCUGGACACUUGAGGAUCCUGAAGUGAGGUGUGAUUGGAAUUCUAACAUAAUUUUUCAAAUUCUAUUCGCAUUAAGGAUUAUUUUAUCCAUUUUGUGAUUCCUGCAUAAUAUGUAAUGAAUAAGCAACGCUAUUAGACAUAAAUUAAUUAAAUACAGUUUAUAAAGCUGAAGUAGAUGCCAGAUAUUGACAACUGUCCUGGGAAUUUUGUCCGUAACUGUACAUUAACUUGUAUUUUUUUUUAUUAUGCUUUUAUUAUUUUAUCAAAGUGUAUAGAUUUUUAUAUAUAUACAAGAUCCACAAAUUACAACGUAGGAAAUCUCUCCAGUUUUUCAGCAUAAACAGACGACUUUCCUGAUGUAAUGAUUAUCGAAAUGUGGGGUGUUUAGGUACAAGAAUCCAAAUUUAAUGUCACAAACCUAUUUUCUCUUUCAAAAUGGCACAUAUAUCACUAUAGGCAUUUUCACGUAUUAUAAACAGCUAAAUGUGAUGUUUUUUUUUAAGGGGGGGGGGCUGUAAGUGCUGGUUGUUAAGUAAAGGCUACAAGAGGUGCUACUCUGAGGUAUUGAUUAAAGAUUUACUGUUAUCUUAAGACUCUUGCCUUCAACCUUACCUGUGUCGUGUCUGUGGUGUGUUUGAUGUCUUUACUUACCGUUGCUAUCUGUGUGUCUGUCUGUCUGUCUGUCUGUCUGUCUGUCUGUUGUUUAAGAGAAUCCAUAUAUUGUGUUUUUGGUCAAGUUUAUAUUUUUUUUUUCAUUUUUUUUUUUUAGAUUUUUUCCCUCAGAAUUUAGUUAAUUUUAUUUAGCUCAUCGUCAUUCUACUUGUCUUUAUUCACCUUAUUAUUUACUUCUUUCUGUCUCGUCUUGACAUUCUUAUCACAUUUCUAUCUCAACUUUAAGUGUGGAUCUCUUUAAUACAUUCCUCUUUACUUGAAUGUUUAUCUGGUCAGUAUAAUUCCUUUGUUUUUUUGUUCGAGUUAACUUUUAUUGUGUCACCCAGAUGAAUAUUUCACGAACUUGUUUUAAUUCAUCAUAUAAUGUGACGUCACAAUAGAGGGGUUCAUUAUUUUAACAAGUUACCAUCACUGAUACACGUAAUUCAAUCCUUUUUCUACGUCUUUUUCUUUAAUACUUCUAUGUAAAAUUCUUAAUCUGUUUUUAAUUAUCUUUUCCUGAACCUUAUAAUCCUUUGUCUCAUCUGUUUUUCUUAGCAUCAUAGACACUUGGUCAAUCCUGCUCAAGUCUUCCUCCUGGCCAGACAUUACUGACAGUUUUCAAUAUUUGUCUUGUGAUUUUUUUUUUUUACGAUUUUUCCAUAAGACAAAUAUACCAUAAAAAAGCUUAAA